AUGUACCACCAGGUUCACAGUCUGGACGCUCCAGGUCAAAAGUUUAGGACCAAGGGAGGUGAUGUCCAGUUUGUGAACCGGUGCCGCCUGUACAUAGAUGAUGGCGAGGAGCGCAAAAACAUUGCCAUGGUGACCAGCAGAUCUACCCAUGGCCCUGUUCUUGGAGAUAGGCAAACAGGCAUUGAAGUGCACGCUGUAUUGAGCAAUGAAGACACCAUAACUGAUCCAAGAAAAUUGACCAUCUGGAAGAAGAGUGAUAGGCGUCCGUCUUCCGUUGACAAUGUCACGUACCAGACAUUUUACGAGAAGUUCAUGGUGCACACUAAGCGCCCACGUACUGCGGAAUUGUACGAACACCCCGAUGGCCAUCACUUUGUAACGACUCGCCAGCGUGGUGAGAAGGUAUGUAGGUUGAUGUGGGUCUCUCCCAACCGAGGAGAACAAUACUACCUUCGUAUUCUACUUAUGUCUACACCUUGCCGUGGUUACGUUGAUCUUCUGGCUCGUGGCGGUCCUGGUUGCCGGACGUUUCAGGACGUAGCCCGCAAUCUCGGCCUGGUGGAAGACGAAGAAGAAUACAAUCACGCGCUGCGCGAGGCAUCUACGUUUAUGACUGGACCUAGGCUCCGUUCCUUCUUCGUGAUCCUCUGCAACAUGGGAGCUCCCGCUGCUCUUCUGUGGGAGUCUUUCAAGAACCACCUUAGCGAGGAUCACUUAGAAAGGAACCCUCUCGACCCUGAACUGGCGGUGAAACUUACCUUGAUAGACAUCGAUCGGAGCCUCCGCCAGCAGGGAUCGUGCUUGAAAGAUCAUGGACUCCCCUACGUCGAGGAUGACACGACUGAGUUAGGUAGAGAGCUACUCAACUACGGCGAGAACCUCCAGCGAACCAUCGUUGAGGACUGGGUGCCCAAACUCUCCCCAGACCAGCGCCGUGUGUUUGAGUACGUUCGCUCUCUGCUUCUCAACCCCCGUGACCGACGCACUUCUAGAAUCAUAUUUCUGGACGGUCCCGGGGGUUAUGGGAAGACCUCUCUGAUUCGUGUCAUCCUUGCGUAUGUCCGUGGUUGUCGACAGGUUCCACUCGCCGUGGCUAGCUCAGGGAUUGCUGCAAGGAACAUGGCUGGAGGAACAACAGCACAUAGCAUGUUCCGACUCCCUCUAGACCUAGGUCACGGCACAGGUGUGUGGAACAUCACCAACGGGUCCCAGCGAGCAGAACUCAUCAGAGCAGCACAGCUCAUUGUGUUUGAUGAGGCCCCGAUGGCACACCGCUACAUCUUCGAGAUGAUCGACAGAUCCCUCCGGGAUCUCAUGAAUAGUAGUGUGCCAUUCGGGAAUAAGAUCUUCAUCUGCUCCGGGGACUUCCGUCAGAUUGCGCCCGUCGUUGAGAAGGCUCGCACACCAGCUGAUGUCGCGUGCGUGUCACUUCGGGCGUCACAUCUGUGGCGACUGUUCACACUAUUUUCCCUGACGACACCCCAGAGAACUAGUGGUUCCAUUGACUACUCCAACUUCCUCCUUGAAGUAGGCAAUGGAACAAUAAAUCCUUUACUUUUUGGAGAAGGCCGCGAGAGAGAGUCUCUCAUUCCCCUCACUGGGGUGAGAUGCCUCACUUCUCUCGCGGACUUAAUAACGGAUGUGUUUCCUCCUGGUGUUCUGCGAGAUCCUGAUCUUUGUGCGAGACGGGCAAUACUCUCAACUCUGAAUGUGAACGUCAAGGAGAUCAACGGUCGCAUCCUAGACCUCAUGGACGGGCGCAUUCAUGAGUUGAGAAGCGCGGACACCGUGGACAGAGAAGACGACGACGGGCUGGAUGUGGACGUAAAUCUCCUCAACCAGGCCACUGGCAAAGGAGUGCCAGAUCACGUCCUGCGUCUCAAGGUAGGCUCCGUAUGCUUAAUCAUGAGAAACUUAAAUAUCGGUGAUGGACUCGUGAACGGCACCAAAGUCAUUGUGACGGCGAUCAGCAGCCGACUGAUCACCGUCAGACUUAUUAUCGGCAACACGCAACCUAUCGGAAUUCCCCGGAUUACGUUCAGGUUCGCGUUUGCCGAAGGAUCGCCGCUCCGGGUUUGUCGCCGUCAGUUCCCCCUCAUGUUGGCGUACUGCAUGACUGGUCACAAGAGCCAAGGCCAGACAAUUGAGUACGUCGGAGUCGACCUGAGAACGGACUGCUUCACUCAUGGCCAGCUCUACGUCCUGUUGAGCAGAGUGAGACGUCCAGACGACAUCGUCGUUCUUGUACCAGACGACAGAAUAGUAGAAGGAGUCGCCUAUGCAAAGAAUAUUGUAUAUGACGAGCUCCUUCUAAACACUGAUUAA